CAGGUUAUUGAUCUGUAACCAUGUCUGUUAACAAAUCACCUGCAGUUAAUAAAUGUGGAGUAACAUCUUCCCCUUAUCAUGAAGAAUUCUUGAAAUUUCAUUUUCCAAAUGAAAGAGAGAGUCAUAAAUCAAGGUCACCAGGGAUAAUCACAGAAAAGUUCAUCUUGAAAUUCAAUCAAACACAGAAUCCAAUAGAGAAGAAAGCACUGCUGGAACAAGCAAGAAAAAAUAUUCUCCGCUGUAAGAGAAGAUUAGGUCUCAGUUCCUUGGGUUCUGGGAAACAUGUUCAUCUUCCUUUUGCGUGGACUGAAGUAAUAUAUCUGGCACAAUGCAAAGGAGAAAUUCAAGACGAAGCUCUAAAUAUGCUCUUUGCUUCCCUGGACCAUGCUUCCCUUGAUUGUGAUCAUCUGCAUGCCUUAUUUUUUGUUGCGGAAUCAGUUUUAUAUAGACUCUGUUGUGAUGCAUUCCUGAAGGAAUUUCUAUAUUCUGUUGAGAUAAAGCUGACAAAGAUUGGCUAUUUGAUCUUCUUACGACUUUUUAUAUUUUACCUGCAUGGUCAACUAGAAAAUUUUAAAGAACAUUUACUUAGGCUUCAGCCAUAUUCAUAUGCACUUUUUGCUUCUGGAGAGUCAUAUUACAAGUAUCCAAAUAUCUUUUCAAAUGUCCAAUUCAUGCUGAAAACGUUACAAAUUAUAUGUGGAAAAGAACUCUUUUCUGAAUCAGUUUUUAGCACUGUGGAGAACAGGGGAGGAUUUGAGAACACAGAUUCUGAUGUGGCACAUUUGCCGAGUAAUCAUGGAGAAUAUGAACUUAACCCUCUGCUCUGGCACUGUGUUGCUGCUUGGUUUUGUGUUCAGAGUAAUAGUCCGCAGCUGAGUAGUGUGCUUGACCAUCUCCUCUUGCAUAAAAUGCAACAUCAGAAGAACUACUGGUUGGAUUUAAUAGUAGCCUUGCUGGUUCUUGGAGAAGCUGCCAAAUUAAAUAUGACCUGCUUGAAAACUUUAAUGGAACUGAUGAGAGAUUUUCUUUUAAGCAUUAUGUCUGUUGAAAAACAGGAGGACAUGUGUGAGGGAGAUGACCUUUGCUGGUCCUGGAAUGUCGUUCAUACAUACACAACGAUCAUCGCAGAGAUCUGUUUGUAUGCAGCCACAUCUGAUUUGCGGAAAACUGCCUUUAUUGGCGUCGGUGGCUAUAAAUGUCCACGCAAAAAAAUUUUACUUAUCGACGAAUCAGAACAGCCAGAACUACAGGAAACAAGUAUUUUACAUCUUUUGGAAUUCUUUUCUUCAAAAAUAUCAGAUAAUUGUGAUCAGGUAGUUUGGAUUGGAUACUAUGGCAUAGUGUAUAACCUGGUGAAAAUGUCCUGGGAACUUCAGGGUGAUAUGGAAGAGGAUGGACUUGGAAACAUGAUUUGGCAAACAUUACAAAAAACAAAGGAUUAUGAGAAAGAUGCACGAAUCCUGAAUGCAAUAAAUAUUGCUCAGGCUGAGUUGAAUGACCGGAGGGACCCUUUCACUAGAUACAGUACGAAAGUUCCAGCAAAUGCAAAGGAGGAGGUUUUCUCCAAGUACAUUGGAUGGAGAGUUGCCAACGCACUUGCCAAACUCUUGUUUCCACCUCUCGAUGUCUGUGUGCUUGAUUUGAAGAAACCAGCAGUCAGGGAGGAUCAAAUGAAAUAUCUAAAUAAAAGACAAGGGUCCACGAAGAAGAGAGUUCUACAUUUUACUGUAAGGGAAAAUCCUUCUCUCUCAGAACUUCCCAUGUUUCCAUACCCAGAUUUCUUCAGCAAAGCGGAUAAAGAAUUGGCAAAAAUUAUUGACCAUCAUUGGCAGAAAGAACUGGAAAUCCGGCAAAAAGAAGAUGCAAUAUGUGAAGCCAAAGAACAGAAAGAUAAAGAGUUACAGGAGCAAAAACAUUUCCAGGAAAUUAUGAAGCUAAGAGAAGAAAAGUUGCACAAGCAAACUAAACCUUAUGAGCUUCCUCCCAGGACUGAAGUCGUUUCAUUAAAAAACAAUAUCACUCACAAAAACUUUGAGAUCUACAUGCCAGAAAUGGCUAGCAUGGAAAAGGUCAAGAUAGCUACUGACAUGUUAGGUAAACUUUCUCUUAAUUAAUUUGAGUCUUUUUGUGGGGUGGGGGAGUUGUUAUCCUGGUGCAGGCUGUCUAAUAGUCAUUGCUUAGUCUUACAUUAAUAGUCAACUCCUAAUUAUAUUUGAAUGAUUUCACUAGUUAUAAAUUUACAAGACUGCAGCUAGUGUUUUUCUCAAUUGGUUCUUGUGAAGUAUAGUGUCCUUGAUCAACUUUUCUCACAGUGUUAAUAUUCAUUGGGCUGUAUCAUAAAAAUGAACUGUAAAUUAAUGAGUCAAUGUAUAAGAACUGUUUCUUGAAAACAAGAGUUAUCACUCGUGUACAUCUAUAAUUACUAUUAUUCAAAUAAAAAGAACUUAUGACA